AUGGCCGCCAACGAAUACUACCAUGCGAAUAUCCCCAACCCGCCCAGUUACGAUCAAGUUACGACAGGGCACGCACCCCAGCUUAACGCAAACAACCCUGGGUACGGCUUCGAAAGCCACAGCCCCGUGAGCCAGAUCAGCCAUCACGAUAACCCGGCCGCCCCCUAUCACAACCACCAGAGCCAACAGUCACUCCAAUCGGACAAUGGAGCAUACGCAACCGCCGGGCGGCUCACGGACGGCGACCACUAUGCAGAGAAUAUCCCGCUGAAGGCGCAGACGCAAUUUAGCAAUAACCCGGAAUGGAUGCACCAGCCUACACAAUACCCCCCGCCCUCGCCAGGGGCGCUGGAGGAUCGAGGGCGUGGAGGGAGUCGGACAAAGAAGGGCUUCUUCCGCAAGAAGCCGGCGUGGGUGACGUGGACUUUGACAUUGGCCCAGAUCAUUGUGUUUAUCGUGGAAUUGGUGAAGAGUGGCACACUGACUGGAUCGCCGAUCGAGACCAAGCCCUCCUUCAACCCCAUGAUCGGCCCAUCACCAUACAUCCAAAUCUACAUGGGUGCUCGCUACGACCCAUGCAUGAAGAACAUCCCGGGCAUCCAGAACUCCAGCGUGGAGAUCAGUUGGCCCUGCCCUAACACCACCUCGAACACAUAUGACUGCACGCUGUCGGACUUGUGUGCUUUUGGCGGCGUACCGAAUCCCAAGGUCGGUGGCUCGCUGGAUGACAAACCUGCGCCAAACCAGUGGUACCGCUUCAUCAUCCCCAUCUUCUUGCACGGCGGAUUCAUUCACAUCGGCUUCAACCUACUCGUGCAACUGACCAUGGGAGCGGAUAUGGAGCGUAUGAUCGGCAUGUGGCGGUAUACCCUGACCUACUUCGCCAGCGGCAUCUUCGGGUAUGUCUUUGGAGGAAACUACGCGGCGCAACUGCAGCCAAGUACAGGGUGUUCGGGCGCACUCUUUGGCAUCAUGGCCCUCGUCCUGCUGGACCUGCUUUAUGAUUGGCCUCAGCGCGAGUCUCCGUGGGUAGAAUUGAUCAUCAUGGUCCUGGGAGUUGCCGUUUCGUUUGUCCUCGGCCUGCUCCCGGGUUUGGACAACUUCUCCCACAUUGGCGGAUUCAUCAUGGGGCUGGCUAUGGGGUUGUCUCUUCUGCGCUCCCCGAAUGCCCUGCGAGAGCAGAUUGGUCUCGCUCGCCAGCCUUACGUCGCCAUGAGUGGCGGCGCUGGUGUCGACCCGGCCGACAAGCGGAAGACCACCUCAAUGAUGGACUUCUUUAAGAACAAGGGCAAUAUGGUAUCGUCUUCCGGCGGGAAGGACGAAUCUAACGGCCCGCUCCAAUUCUUCAAGGGCCGCAAGCCUCUGUGGUGGUGCUGGUGGCUGGUGCGCGUGGGCGCACUGGUCGCGGUCCUGAUUGGAUUUAUCAUGUUGAUUAUUGAUUUCUACAGAUACCCAUCGUCAAAUUGCUCGUGGUGCUACCGCUUGAGUUGUCUGCCCGUUAAUGGCUGGUGCAAGCAGGACACAUUGGAGUCUUCGGAGUCUUCGUCUACCACCACUACCACCUAG